CGCCCCAGCGGAAGUGGUCUGUGGGGGAAGAAAACGGUGAGACACUCUGGACCGCGCAGGCGUGUUGUGGGCUGCUGCGAUGGCGCCGCCGGGUAUCUUGAACAGGUAUCUUCUGCUCAUGGCACAGGAGCACCUGGAGUUCCGCCUUCCGGAGAUAAAGUCUUUGCUUUCACUUUUUGGAGGUCAGUUCACCAGUAGUCAGGAAACUUAUGGAAAGUCUCCUUUUUGGAUUCUUAGCAUUCCCUCUGAGGAUAUUGCCAGAAACUUAAUGAAACGGACAGUGUGUGCCAAGUCUAUAUUUGAACUGUGGGGUCAUGGAAAGUGUCCAGAGGAGCUGUACAGCUCUCUUAAAAACUACCCUGUAGAGAAGAUGGUUCCAUUUCUACAUUCAGGUUCUACAUAUAAAAUAAAGAUUCACACAUUUAAUAAAACAUUGACACAAGAAGAAAAAGUCAAACGGAUAGAUGCACUUGAAUUUCUGCCAUUUGAAGGGAAAGUAAAUUUAAAGAAGCCACAACAUGUAUUUUCUAUUUUGGAGGAUUAUGGUUUGGACCCAAACCACAUCCCUGAAAAUCCACAUAAUAUUUAUUUUGGUAGAUGGAUUGCAGAUGGGCAGAGAGAGCUUAUUGAGUCAUACAGUGUCAAAAAGAGACACUUUAUUGGAAAUACAAGCAUGGAUGCUGGUUUAUCAUUCAUCAUGGCCAACCAUGGAAAAGUGAAAAAAAAUGAUGUUGUAUUUGAUCCAUUUGUUGGAACAGGUGGCCUUCUGAUAGCUUCUGCUCAUUUUGGUGCAUACGUAUAUGGGACAGAUAUAGACUACAAUACUGUUCAUGGCUUGGGAAAGGCUAGUAGGAAAAACCAGAAAUGGAGAGGACCUGAUGAAAACAUUAGGGCAAAUCUUCGUCAGUAUGGUUUAGAGAAGUAUUACCUUGAUGUCCUGGUUUCAGAUGCAUCUAAACCUUCGUGGAGGAAGGGCACAUAUUUUGAUGCAAUCAUCACUGAUCCUCCGUAUGGUAUUAGAGAAUCUACAAGAAGAACAGGUUCCCAGAAGGAAAUACCAAAGGGAAUAGAAAAAUGUCCAGAAAGCCACGUUCCUGUUUCCUUGAGUUAUCAUCUGAGUGAUAUGUUUUUUGACCUGUUAAACUUCUCAGCAGAGACCCUCGUAUUAGGUGGAAGACUGGUCUAUUGGUUACCAGUAUACACACCAGAAUACACCGAGGAGAUGGUACCCUGGCACCCCUGCUUGGAACUCAUCAGCAACUGUGAGCAGAAGCUUUCCAGUCACACAUCAAGGCGCUUGAUAACAAUGGAAAAGGUGAAGGAAUUUGAGAACCGGGACCAGUAUUCACAUCUGCUGAGUGAUCACUUUCUGCUGUACCAAGGUCAUAAUUCCUUCCGUGAGAAAUAUUUCAGUGGGGUAACAAAAAGAAUUGCCAAGGAAGAAAAAUCUGGCCAGGAAUGAAAAUUUAAGAUUUUUGACAACGGAGAAAGAAUAAGGAUUUGAUAGAAAAGACAUCUGGAUAUGAAAUUUCAUGUAUAAUACAGAAAAUGUACUGUUUUAAAUAGCUUUAUAUAAUAAAAUAAAUGGUACAAAGUCAGUACAAUUCUUUUAACUUUA